AUGCUGCAGGCUCCACCUCUGGCGCUGAGGAGCGUCCUGGAGGGAGAAAUCAGGGCUUUUGCAUCCCAGCAGGGCGUGGAAGGGCACAGGCAGUGCAUGCGGAAAUUUCUCGAGCUGCUGCUUGCUCGCGGAGUGCUGAGUCAGUCCCAGGUGCUGCUGGCGUUUGGAGUGGUGGCGGACCUGUUUAACGGCGUGCGUGACUCCUCGGCAGAGCCCAUGGACGCUGAAGCAGGGCAGAGCGGUCUUGCCAGCCCGCUGACACUCUCACCCCGGGGCCUUCCAGCGUCGCAGGCAUCCGGCACACAAAGAGGGAAUGUCAGCCCCAAGGAGCAUGUUUUCCAGCCAGCUGCAGACGCCAAACCACUCUUCCCAUCAGCCUACCCAGGCUCAGGGUGGGCCCCCAAGACAGUGAGCACCGGCUACUUGCCAGCCGGGCGGGUGACUCCUUCGCCAAGCCUCUCGCGCGCGGGCUCUGCCGGGGAAGCCAAGCUGGGGAGAGGGCGGACAGAGUCAGGGGGCAGUAUGAUAUCAGAGUCAGGCUCGGGGGUGCUUGAGCCGCCUCCAACCCCGGAGGGGUCCUCGCUGGCAUCCAUCCAGGCAGCCUCCGCUCUCUACUCCUCCUCCCUCGCCGAUCGCUUUGUCGCCCCUACCUUCAAGGGACAAGUGGAAGAGGGCAGGCGGCCCAGGGGGCACUUCAAGCAUGUGCACUCGCGGCCACUGACAGAUGACAGCGACGGAGAGGAGUUCCAAGAUGCUUCUGAGAUGCUGCCAGACCCGGCCCCCUCCAUCCGAGUGGUGUGA